AAAAAAAAGUUUGCCACCAUGCGCAGCUCCGCUUGGAGCUGAAUACACUUUUUUGGUGGACGUGUAGACCUGCAAUCACAGCUCUGUCUGUCAACAUAAAAGAAAACAGAAACGCAUACAAGUACGAAAGGCAUCGGCUCAUAACGUCAACGUUAAUAUGCCUUUCAUCGAACUGCAGACUAACCUCCCGGCCAGCUCGUUCUCUGAGGACUUUUUAAAGAAGCUGUGCACGUGCACCGCGGAUGUUUUGGGUAAACCUAAGGAUAGGAUGAAUCUGGUGGUCAAACCUGGGCUUCCGAUGCUGAUCGCCGAUUCUUGCUCUCCUUGUGUGAUGCUGUCCGUGUCGGCCAUCUCCGUAACCGACACUGCUGAGAAGAACAAGGAGCACAGCGCCAAGAUCUUUGCCUUUUUGACCAAGGAGCUUGGCCUCACAGAAGACAGGAUUGUUAUUGUGUUCCAUGCACUGCAGCCUCACCAAGUUGGGAAGAAGGGAACAGUCAUGAGCUUUUUGUGAAAUGAACGUCAUCUGGCUGUUUUUUUUUUCUUCAAAAAAUUUUUCCAUCUUUAGAAUUUAAUCCAAGUUCACUCUUUUAAAAGAGCAACAGGUACAUUCUUUAAACAUCAUGCCACUUCCUUAGGAUGUUUUUUGAUGAGGACCAAAUAAGAAUAGAAACCCUUUUUUUUUUUUCGAGUUUUGUUCCCCUGACAAAACUGAGUUGAAAAUAAAGACCAUAAUUGUAUAA